AUGAAGGGUAACAGCAGGCGGAAGCUGGAUCAGAUAACCUUUGUGGAGCAGGUGCGUGAGUGCAGGGACAAUGGCUACCUGCUCUCCUUCAAGAAGAUCGUUUCUGGGGUCUUCUCCAAGGUGUACUUGGCCUAUGCCACCCAUGAGCAUUUGCAGCACAACCCCAAGCUGUUCUCCGUGCAGAAAGGACAGGGGACUGCCCUGCCACAGCCAGCCCCUCAGGGGCCGAGUCUCACACAGCAGACUCCCUCCACCCCACAGGUGGCUAUCAAGAUCAUCACCACAGCCAAGGCCCUGGUGGAGUUCUCCCACAAGUUUCUGCCCUGUGAGAUCUUGUCACUCAACACUACCUAUAAGCACCUGAACGUGGUGCAGCUGUACAAGACCUACCAGAACAGCCAGUGCUCCUGCCUGCUGCUGGAGUUGGCAGCCAGGGGCAACCUGCUGGAGCACAUCAACACCACCUUGGACCACCGCUGCCACCCAGGGCUGGAGAAGGAGGAGGCCCAUGGGCUGUUCUGGCAGCUGGUCAGUGCUGUGGCGCACUGCCACAGCAUGGGUAUCACGCACCAGGACCUGAAGUGCUGGAUGACUCACCACCCUCCCCACUUACCCUGUACGGAUUUUGGCCUUGCUAAUUGCAUGGGGCCCAGGAACUCAUUGCUUAGAACUUUCUGCACCUCUGCAGCCCCCACAGCCCCAGGGAUCCUCAUGAGCAAGAAGUAUAGCGGGGAGCCGGCCGACCUGUGGAGCCUGAAUGUCAUUCUCUACGCCAUGGUGAGCGAGAAGCUGCCCUUCAAGGAGUGCCGGCCCCACUGCAUGCUGCACCUCAUGCACCAGGCAGCAGCCGUGAGCCCCUGCCCAGAGUGCCAGGACCUGAUUUGGGGGCUGCUGCAACUGCACCCACACAAACACCUGGGCCUGCAGCAGGUGGCUGCACACUGCUGGAUGCUGCAUGUGGCGAACAUGCUCUUCCUCAGUGCUGUGCCAGGUGUGGUGGGGGCCCGCGGGUGAGCAGCUGGGGAGCAGGUAGUCCCUUGGCACUCCACCUGACCCCACUGUGGCCCCUUGCAGAGAAGCUGGUGCAGUCCCAACUCCCAGCAUCCUUGGAUGACCUGGAGUCUGGCAAAGACUUAGAGAGUGUAAACACCCAGUCUUGUAGCUGCACUGCCUCCAGCGGCAGGGGCUUCCAAGGAGAACGUGGGCCCUGAGCUCAGGCUGCCAGAGGUAUGCCCCAGAAAAGGGGUAAGUUCUGCUCAGCUGGGGCUCUAGAGCACUGCGGCAGCCAGCCUGGGAGUCAGCACCUCCAGGCAGCUGCCG